CAGUGACGGCAAGCUGGAGUUAGUAAAGCGACGGAGGCAAAACUGUAGUGAAGCUUCUUACGGCUGGGGCAACAUCCACAUCAUCUCUUCCCCCUCUGCAUUGUUGCCCCUGACCUUUUUUUGCUCGUUUUAAUGAGGGGCAUAAUAAUCUGUAAGAAAAAUGCUUAGAAGCCGCGUUGCUCUUUGAUUGUAAGUGCUUAUUUGCGGUAUUUCCGACCCGGGGGCUUCAUCUCCUGCAAGUAGCGGAUUUCUGGCUUUUUCUACAUUGAAAGACAUCCUACACAAACACGCCGCGUAAACAAGUUCAUAAAUGGUGGAAGCCAUUGUGGAGUUUGAUUACCAGGCCCAGCACGAUGACGAGUUGACCAUCGCUGUCGGUGACAUCAUCAGUAACAUCAGGAAGGAUGAGGGCGGCUGGUGGGAAGGAGAGCUGGACGGUCGGAGGGGGCUCUUCCCCGACAACUUUGUCAGAGAGAUAAAGAAAGACUCAAAAAAAGAGGUGAAGAAGGAGUCCAGUUUGGCCGGAUCCAAAUCAGACCUGUCCAAUGGCAGUGCCAGCCCAAAAUCAGAACCCAGCCUCAGACCCACCAGGAAAGAUAGAGAUGUUGGCUUCCGAAGGAAAAGUGAGGCAAUCAGAAAAAGGCGUUGCAAAGCUGCCUUUAGCUACGCUCCACAGAAUGAAGAUGAACUAGAACUGAAGAUCGGAGAUGUUAUUGAGGUUCUGGGAGAGGUGGAGGAGGGAUGGUGGGAAGGCUUUCUCAAUGGCAAAACUGGGAUGUUCCCCUCUAACUUCACCAAGGAGCUGGCCGAGGCUGAGGAUCUGACCCCACAGGAUGACACACGGAGCACACAAACCAGUCAGUCUGCACUGCAUACUCAUUUGCCCACAUCUAAAACGGCUUCCUCACAUCCAGGCAUAAAGGACAGCACCAGCUCAGAGAGUGAUGGCGGCGACUCCAUUAGCUUACGGUCUAACACUGGCAGUUUAUCCUCCAACUCUGAAAUUCAGCCCAAAAAGGUUCGGGGGUUCGGCUUCGGGGACAUCUUCAAAGACCAGCCCAUCAAGCUCCGCCCACGAUCCGUUGACAUGGACAGUGAGGGAGAGAAGCCUCAAAUGGUAAAGAAAGCCGCUCCGGCUGUUGCCCAGGAAACCAUGAAGGCGGAGCCAGAGAACAAGGCCAAAGCUAAGGAGCUUUGCAAAGUGAUUUUCCCCUACGAAGCUCAGAACGAAGAUGAGCUGUCAAUCAAAGAGGGAGAUAUCGUAACGAUUGUCAAUAAGGACUGUGCAGACGCUGGUUGGUGGCUUGGAGAGCUGAACGGCAAACAGGGAGUCUUUCCAGACAACUUUGUGAAGUUAUUCAUUCCUGAGGUAGAAAAAGAGAGACCUAAGAAACCUCCUCCACCUGCAGCACCAACCACUAAACAGACCACAGACAAAAAGACAGAGGCUAAAAGGGUUCCACCAGAACGGCCUGAAUCCCUCCCACACAGAGCUGAGGAAAAAGGCGAGGAGUCGAAGCAGAGUGAGAUUGCAAAGCCGUCCUUCCCAUCUCUCCUCCCAAAGAAGCCUCUCCCCCCAAAGAACAACAACUCAUCGAAUCGCCCAUCAUCGCUACCACCCAAACGCCCAGACAGACCCGAGAGACCAGCUGUGCCAAAUAUACCGUGUGACAGUCCGAAGUCUGACGGCAGUUGUGUGGCGGCUGACCGAGGCUCUGCAGACAAAUCCCCAGAUAUCGAUGUAGAAGACUUCGACUCCAUCGUCUUAUCCACAGAGAAGCUGAACCACCCGACCGCGUCACGGCCCCGUGUGAUGGACCGACGGCCACGAUCGCAGGUCUUCACGUCUUCCUCUCUCUCUAGUCCUGACCUCCUGGAAUCCCCAUCUCCAGAAGAGGAGAGGAGAGAGAAGGAGAUGGGAAAGGAAGAGCAGGACUCAUUCACUCACAAAACUUAUGACAACUCCAAGAAGGUGCCCAAGGCAGUGCCAGUCAUUACAGCUCCUGAAAAAUCAUCUUUCCCCCCUAAGCCCAGCGCCCCUCCGUCAUCUUCUGGGUCCAGCGGGGCUUCUCUCCAUCAGGGCAGCGCUGGUCUGCGACCCCAUUCCCCUUCUGUUGAAGCCAGAGGGAAGAACGAACAGGGUACCUCCACGCUGGAGGAGCUCAGAGCACAGUUACGAGACCUGAAAGGAGCUGUGGAGCUCAUGAAGAGCCAGCACAAACAAGAAAUCAAACAGCUGGUGAGUGAACUGGAUGAGGAGAAGAGGAUUCGUAUAUCACUGCAGAUCGAAGUGGAGCAGAUUAAGAAAUCCCUGUCCAAAUGAACUCAAACAUGCUGGAUGGAUCAGAUGAAGGGUCAGGCUGAGGUUCCACACCACAGCCCAAGUAGAUUGUGCAAAAAAAAAAAAAGAACAAUGUAUCAGAACAACUGCUUAAAGAAAAUAACUGUUUACCCCCCAUUCACUUGUACUCUUUCUGCUUUCGUUUUUUAAGAAGCUUUUUUUGCGUGUUGUGC